UUCUUGCCCGCAAAGUAUGCAAUGUCUGACUUUGAUGAUAAGCAGAGUCAACUUUCGGCCCUCUUCAAAGAUGCUAAUAAAACAAGUUUACAUGACGCUCUAAAACGCGCAAAGGGUGACUUGGAUCGUGCGGUGAAUAUCUAUUUAGAUCAGGAGAGACGCAAACGACCAUUGAAACAGCCAAAACUAGAGCAUUUUUUUGAUAACGUGUCUAAAAAAAUCAAAUUAAAUGAUUGUGAUAUCCACUCAACCGAGACUGCUAUAAUUCAACAAACUUCGAUUAAAAAAGUUAACCUGAAUGACGCAUUAAAGUGGCCUUCUUUAACAAAUUCAGACAAUUUAAAAAAAUCACGUAGAAUUAUUCAACCUGUAUUAAAGUUAUUCAGACCGCAAGAUAUCAGUGAAAAAACAUCAUGUACACUUAUUCACGAUGUGCUACCCAAGGAAUUGGCAAAUUCUUUAUUAAAAGUUAUGCUUAAAGAGUCUGAGACAUGGCAUCGAAACCAAUGGUGGUUAUUUGAGCGGAUGGUUACCUCUCCACACACAUCAUCUUUUUACAUUUCAAAUGAA